UGCUUCCAGAAUCGGCAGCUUCUAUCUCCUACCGCUCUGAUUCGGCCCUCGCUUUCUCACCGAAAAGUGCCACCCCCAUGCCCGAAGAGCCUCCCCACCACCUCGUCGCUUCUCCAAGGCCACCGCCAGAAACCCCACCGCGCCCCUCGGCCGCCUCGGCUUCUUACGGGCCAAGCCAAGAUGAUGUCGGCUCAGCUGCAGCAGGCCGUCGCCAAAGCGCCGCCCGCUCUGGCCGCUGAGCAAGAUCCCGCCCGCGCGGAAACCGCAACCGCGACCGCGACCGCCACGCCGCCCAACCCUCUUGCGCGCAAUGCCGCUGGCCAGGGCGCUUCUGGGCUUCGGUCCGCCGCCGCCUCCGUUCCCGCCCGGCCCUUGGUCAAUCGCGCCGGCGACAGCUCCAGCCCCUACGUGCGCGCACACCAUGAAACCCCAAUCGCGUGGCAGUUGCUCGAUGGCGACGCCAUCGCGCGGGCCAAGCGGGAGAAUAAGCUUAUAUUUCUUUUCAUUGGCUUUAAAGCUUGUCACUACUGCCGCCUCACCGCCCAAGACUCAUUCUGCAACCCGUCUGUGGCCUCUCUGCUAAACUCUUCCUUCAUCCCCGUCAUUGUCGACCGUGAGGAGCGUCCAGACAUCGACAGCAUCUACAUGAACUACCUUUUGGCCGUCAAUGGGGGUGGCGGCUGGCCCUUGAAUAUAUUUCUCACCCCUGAGCUUGAGCCUGUGUUCGGCGGAACCUACUGGCCCGGCCCUGGUAGCUAUGCCGAGAGCCUGGAUGGAGAGGAUGAAGAGAGACUAGACUUUCUUUCCAUACUCAAGAAACUCCAAAAAGUCUGGGCGGAGCAGGAGACCAAGUGCCGAACCGAAGCUAAGGACAUUGUCCUCAAGCUCCACGCAUUCGCUGCAGAGGGUACUCUGGGUACGAGAAGGAGCAUCACACCCACAACUACGCCUGCCAGCACCGGUUUGGAAACCUCGGGCAUCCAGGACGAUAUGGGUGCGGAACCUGCCCCGCCCCCUACGCUCAUCGAGCCCGCCACAGCCACAGCAGCCGCAGCGGACUUGGACGUCGAUCUUGAGCACCUAGAGGAGGCUUACUCACACUUAUCCCGCACCUUCGACCGGACCAACGGUGGAUGGAACCUGGCGCCCAAGUUUCCGACUCCCCCCAAGCUCGCAUUCCUACUCGGCCUCGCCAGGUUUCCUUCGGCCGUAGCUGACGUGCUGGGCGGCGACGAGGUUGACAAUGCUGUGCACAUGGCAGUACACACACUGCGCAAGCUGAGAGACUCGGGCUUGAGGGACCAAAUUUGGUCUGGCUUCUUCAGGUAUAGUGGAACCGCCGACUGGUCCAUGCCGCACUUUGAGAAAAUGGUUAUCGACAACGCACUUCUCCUCAACGUGUACCUGGACGCCUGGCUCGGCAUCGCGACUUCCUCACCAGGAAAGGCACUAUCUCUUUAUGAUGAGUUUGUCGAUGUCGUCCUUGAGUUGGCGGACUACCUCACAAGCGACCCAAUCCGGACGCCAGAGGGUCUCUUCGCCACUAGCGAGGCAUCCGACUCGUUCUAUCGCAAGGGCGACACGCAAAUGCGACAAGGCGGAUACUAUUGUUGGACAAGGAAAGAGUUUGACAUGACGGUGCGCGAGGUUGGCAGCACUGGUGUCUCCGGUGCCGUGGGUGGUGCUGGUACCAGUGGUGGUGACCUGGCGGCUCAAGUCGCCGCAGCGCGCUACAAUGUCCUGGAGCAUGGAAACAUCUCUCGUGACGACGAUCCUCACGAUGAGUUUAUCAGUCAGAACGUGCUGCGCAUUGUCAAAGGCGAAGCAGCACUCUCUGCUUCGUUUGGCAUUUCUCAGCAUGAUGUGCGACGGAUCCUGGUUAGUGCCCGCGAGAGGCUUCGCUCGCGCCGGGAACGGGAGCGGAUUUCCCCGGAUGUUGACGACCAAGUGGUACUGAGCGUCAACGCUUUGGUAGUGACCUCGCUCACUCGCGCCGGCGCUGUCCUCAUCGAGUCCGGUGUGGACGCGGACAGGGGAGCUAGAUAUCUGUCGGCUGCCGAGACAGCCAUCAAAGAGAUCAAAAGGAUGUGGGAUGCUGAGGCGGGGAAGCUGUACAGGACAUCGAGAGCCGGAGUCAGGGGCCAGACAGAGGCGCUAGCCGAAGACUAUGCUUUUCUCAUCGAGGCUCUGCUCUACCUGUACGAGGCUACAGGACGCGACGAUGUCCUGAACUGGGCAGACGACCUCCAGAAAAAGCAGAUCGAGUUGUUCUACGACCACAUUGCCCCUCACGGGCAAGACCUGGCAACUGCAUCUCCUCACCUAUCGUCAUCGGGCGGGUUCUACGCCACUGCCGAGUCGGCGCCGCAUGUAAUUCUUCGACUGAAGGACGGAAUGGACGGGUCUAUGCCUUCUACGAACGCCGUUUCGGCCUCAAACCUCUUCCGCCUGGCCUUGAUCCUUGGCAGCACCAGGGGCAGCAGGAGACAAAGCGUCAGCGCGGGCGUCGCAAACCCGACGGUACAAAGCCUCACGGGAUAUGAUUAUGAGAGACUUGCCCGCGAGACGGUCAGGGCGUUCGAGGUUGAGAUGCUACAAUACCCUUGGCUCUUCCCUGGCCUGCUAAAUAAUGUGGUGACGGCACGGCUUGGGGGGGAGCUGGUGUCGGUCGUCGGCCUUGAUGAGGAGGCGGCUCGUCAAGUUAAGAAGGAUUACUUUUCCAAGCCAAGGGCGGCACUGCGGGCCAUUGUUCACGCCAAGGCGGCCGCGCCGAGCACAGUUCCUCCCGGCAGAGCCGUCGCUGGUCCGGGUGUCUAGUGGGGAUCCCAGAUAGGUCCAUGCGGUAGCAAGCUUUAGCAGGCUUUAGAAUGAGGCCGAGGCGGCACCCCAGACGCCACACAGCUCGAUCAGGUCGUGGGGUUGAUAAACGCACCGCCAUAUCGGAGCAGGCCACUCUAAAGGGAUUUCGUUUACAGGAGGACAUGCUCCCGGAGUUGGGUUGCUUUCUUCAUGGUUUCCCUGUCAUUGGGGGAUUUCCGGUAUAUGUUGGGGAUAGUUUGGGGAUAGGCUUGAUUCAGAUACCUCGGAUUCACUAUUUUUCUGGCCAGUUGUUGUCGUCUGCUUUAUCAGUAUGGUCAAGGAGUACUGCCGCAAGGAGGCUUUGUCUCGCUCAGUCCCGCUCAGUCUCAUGCUUCUGAUAUUCGCAAGCGUGUUUGCUAUGACGCGCUACUCGGCUGUGCCAGUCUGAAGAGGUAAAGGUCUGGGACUAGCAUCUCGGGGGCUGGGGUUGACGUCGCCUAGGCUCGUCGGAAGUUGCGAGAGAGGUCGCCGUUCAACCCGGGCGUUCCAGGUUAUUGGGCGAGGGCGAACGUGGGAGGAUCAACAUGGCAUGAAAGCUGUUGAAGAUGAGUGGCUGGAUGCGGAGGCCUUGGCACGGUGGGGAUCUCGACCACUCCUCCAUCUCGAAGGCAGAGCACCAGCUGUAGGUGGGUUCUUGGUGGUGUUGAUAUGCUGCACGGUGCAAAGGUACAGGAAAGAGCGACGCUAACUUGGCCCGAGUCUAGCGCGAGAACCGUUGUCACCAACGCAAUUCCCCAAAACGGAAAUCAAGUCCAUGGCGUCAGGGCUGGCUGGGGUUGCGAGUUGGCAGCAAAUUACGUGUAAUGCUCGCCAACGUGUACACAAAACAACAAACAAAAACGCGGCAAGAAAGAAAAACCAGAAGAGGCACAACCCACGGAUUUUGAUUGAAUUUUUUAUUUUGUGUGCUGUGUCGCGGCCGGAAGGCUUCCUGACCAAACAAUGCAGGCUGAGCUGGCUGGGACUGGGCCACCACCUGCCUGGGCCAGCACCUGCCCAAGCUAAGCUCCAAAGUACCAACGCUUUAGGCACAGCUGCCUGGCCAAAGGUCC